AUGAAGCGACUCCCCACACAGACCGCAAAGACUCUCCGCACUACCCCAAAAGGGCCGACCCUGGGCCACAAUGGUUCCCAGGCUCAUGGUCUACAAGCACCAGCCCACACACGGUCCCGGGGCAGGGGAGAAAACCCACCUGCGAGACACCACGGCUCUACACAGCAGCAGCGGACUUCCAAAGGGAACCAUAAGCACGUUAUUAAACUGAAGAUGGGCGGACGUCAGGCCAACAGUGGCGCGGCUGUACCCCAAGAGCAAGCUGGAAGCAGAUACUCCACUACACGCCACAUCUGCGUGGCCACCCACCCACAUAGACGGCAUCCACAGAUAAGCCCCGGCCACACAGCACAGCUACUGUACGGGCUCGACCCGAAAGGGGACUGGCACUGGACACAGAACAGCGGGGGAGAGCGGAGUGACACCACACCGGGCCAGAGAAUGGACUACCUAACAAAGGUAGCACACCAGUGGCAUCGGAUGAAGGGCUGUGGCUACCUUCACUCCGACCACCAGCCUGACCCAAAUGCAGAACCUGAUGCAUACCCACACUGA